AUGCCUGACUCAAGGAUUCUAACAGACGAUGACCACGACUGCUCUCCCUGCAAUCACUCACUAUCAUUGCCCCCACCGUCACCGCCACCGCCACCGCCAGAGUACUGUAAGAUCAGCUUCGUAUUCAGAGUGCAAAUCAAAAAUCUAGGUAAGAUAACGUCUGGAGAUUCUGAGCCUAGGGUGGUAAAAAUAGUGACCUCAUCCUUGGAGCAAGUGGAAUUACACUGGCGCACAUCUUGCAAGCAUAUGAACCGGCUUUUAGAAAAAAACGAAAUUUCUGGCAGCUAUAAAAAGAACAAAAAGGAAAUAGACAGGAGGUUGGUUAGUGAAUUGAUGAAGUUAGAUUUUGACGGGUGCGCAAUGACUAAUGUGGUGGUGGAAAUCGACAUGGCUCUAGAUCAGUUGGAUAGCUUAUCGCUCUCGGACGACAUCAAGGAUGAACGAUGUGCUAUUUGCUUAGAGAGUCUGUUCGUUGAUUCCCAUCUAGCUCUACCGUGCUGUCAUCUGUACCAUAACAACUGCAUUAUGGAAUGGCUGUGUAGAAAACAGGAGUGUCCUCUCUGUCGCCGGCCCCCUUGUAAGGAUUGA